UCCGCUUAGAUGCGAUUUGUUUUGUAAGUAUUUUGGAUAUGGGGAAAAAAUCGGAAAUCCAAGGAAGUACCGAUUAUGACAGUGUUUUGGAAUCCCCAAGCAGCAGUCACAAGAAACACAAAAAGCACAAGAAAAAGCACAAAAGACGACGGGAACUUGCAGAAAGUAUCAGUUUUACCUCGCCUAGUUCCAGCCAUCCUAGUAGCGGCAGUACAACCCCGAAACCAGCCAUCAAGCUUAAGUUGAAGAUCGGCACAGAAACACUAGGAACAAAAAGUUUUUCUACAGAUGGUAGUUCAGUGUCAGCUCUUGGCAUUUUGUCGCCCGAUGAACCACUGGUCAACAUCGAUGAUAUUUGGGAAGAUGAAAAAGAUACAGACGAUAAGGACAAAGACUUGGAGAAGAUAAAAAAGCCCGGCGGUGAUGAAACGUCAGAUGAAGAGCAGGCCUGGCUCAAUGCUCUGGAGUCAGGAGAACUAGACGAGUUUGAAGAAAAACAGAAGCAGAAAGAUCCAACCUUGCUAACGAAAAGACAGCGAGCACUUUUGCAUGGUAGACAAGAUCAUGAGUUACUGCAGUUGCCCUCAGGUUACAAAAAUGUUCAGCUCACAGAAGAACAGGUGGAGAAACGGCAGCAACGUGCUAAAAAACGACGGCAACAGGCUCAGGAAAAGCGAGAGAAGGACAAGAAACAAACACUUGAUAGACUUCUAAAGAAGCAGGAUUCAAAGCAGAAAGGACCAAAGGGUCGAGGUUCUCGGCGAGUUAACUUCCCUCGAGUUCGAUACAUUAAUAAAGUGGAUGGCAUCAGCAUAUCAAUGCCGCCUGGUUUCCAGUUCCCCUUUGCAGCACAAACACAAAAAAUCCCACCAAAGACGCAGAUGUGUGGAUUGAUGGGAUGCAAGAAUCCUAAGAAGUACAACUGUUCAAAGACUGGUGUUCCACUUUGUAGUUUAAGCUGCUAUAAGAAAAACCUCUCACUACAUCCACAUUUGACUUACGUCAGCGUGACGUAGUGCACAGUAUUGGUUCGGGAACAGUGCGGAGAGGUCUUAGCUCUUCUGCAGCUAGCACCGUCUGUUCUGGUGCUUCUGUCUUGGGAUGUCAUUCUCAAUGAAUGAUUCAUGAAUGAUUUAUCAAACACAGACAUACAGUGUCUUGAAGAUUCAAACAUGGACAUACAGUGUGUUAAAAAUGAAGAUUCUGGUAUGCAAGAUGUUGAAAACUAAGAAAGGCAUUUCAAAUAUCGUAAUGAAUAUACAAGGUCUUAAACAGGUCUUAAAAAUACAGUUAGGAGGUAUAAGAUCUUUCACAAAUAGAUGUCCCAGUAUGCAGACCGUUUACAUCAGUGAAAAUUGUAUAUAUUUGUACUAAGAAGCUUUUCCUAGAACUUAGAUUGAGAUGAAAAGAUAUUACAGUUUGGUGAAAUGUGCGAGAACUCUUUUUGAGUACGAUGGUUUCACAGGUAUAAAGUCCGAUAUAAUGUAUUGUGAAUAUGGAGUCGUUAGACUGUUGCAGUCCGUGUCAAGUAAAAGCAUGAACAGACUGGCAUUUUAUACAUUUCAGUUAUUUUAUAAUAAUGAAUUAUUUUUUUUUUUAAAUUGUUAUCAUUAUUACACUACAAUAUAUAGCCAUGUAAUUGGCCAAGCCAGA